CAAAUGGAUCCAAAAGGGCCAAAUUUCGCCACAGCAGCAAAUCCGCCGAUCCGCCGCUACCACUCUGUUUGCCGCCAAAGAAAGCAUGGAAGCAUGAUGGAGACCAUAGGAGAGACCAAUGACAAUGCUAAUGCACCGGUUACUAGUACAAACCCCACAGAACCACUACAGACUGAAUUUUCUGGAUUUUUGUACCUGUACAAGCCAGUACUAAAUCAAGGAAGAUUCAACCAAGGAGGACUCGGCAUUCAGCAGUACUGGGAUUGCCAGCAAAUCUGCCUGUAGCCGUGCUGUUGGUUUGCAUGCUGUCCAUGCUGUUGAACAGCACAUCAUCCAAGCCAAACAAAACACGGUUGAAGGCCAUCAUCCACCAUGCUCCGAAUCCAAAUUAAUCUCAAGAAUGGGAAUCUCCAGAAUGGGAAAGCAAACGCAAUCUCCAUUCCCUCCAUCCAUCCCAGUCUUUACCGAGCCAUCCCCAAGUCAUGAUGUUCACCAUGAUCCUGCCACAGAGGAGAAGAAACAAAGGAAAUCUGUUCCCAAAUUAUCCAAUGAGAUACUUGAUCCCUUCAUUAUCAAGUGGUUGGCUGCUAGCCAGAAGAAUCCGAGCCUUCAGUAUGCGGCAUUUGUCAGGCAGUACCAGGUGCCCACUACAUCCAAUAAUUUUGGAAGGAGGGUCAAGAGAUAUCUGGAACAACAGGCUGCCAUGCAAGAUGCAGUCAUGACAUCAACUACUCCAACAAAAAUUAUUGCAGUGAGUGACAGACCACCAACUGUCACAGCUGCUGGCAAAACUAUGGCACAAUUAGCCAAUGAGGAGACUUACCGAAGGUUUGAAUCCAAAUGCAAUCAACUGGACAUAAUAGCCAACAACUUUUGUAUUCAAAAUUGCCAACAGCACAAGUUAUUGCAAUAG